UAAACCGUAACUCGCUCCGUGCUGCCUCACCGCGGCCGCUCUCGGACGUUACGUGACGUCGUUUCCUCUCUCCAACAUGGCGCAGGAGGCAGGUCGUUAACGGCAUUCUGAGGGAUUUACCCCAACCUUCUGUAUUUAUUCAUGUGUGUCUGUUAAGGGGCUCCCGUGGCUGACAUUUGCGACGGAAUACAUCUCCUUUCGAGGCGGCUGCAGGCCUCCACCUUCACCCUCUCUCCCUCCCCGUCUCCUUGGGACCAGGCACACCUCGCUCCAGAUUCCGGUGCGACAUGUAUGAGGGCAAAAAGACGAAAAACAUGUUCCUCACACGAGCUUUGGAAAAGAUCCUGGCCGACAAGGAGGUGAAGAAGGCUCACCACUCACAGCUGCGUAAAGCCUGCGAAGUGGCACUGGAGGAAAUUAAGGAAGAAUCAGAGAAAUUAAGUCCACCAAGUGGAGACGGCAAAUCUGGCUCCAGCACGUUACCGCCCAUCAAAUCCAAAACAAACUUCAUCGAGGCCGACAAGUACUUCUUGCCAUUCGAGCUAGCAUGUCAAUCCAAAUGUCCUCGCAUCGUCAUCACCUCACUCGACUGUUUACAGAAGCUGAUAGCGUACGGCCACCUGACGGGCAGCGCACCGGACAGCACAGCACCAGGAAAGAAGCUCAUCGACAGGAUCAUCGAGACCAUCUGCGCGUGUUUUCAGGGACCGCAGACCGAUGAGGGCGUGCAGCUACAGAUUAUUAAGGCUCUGCUGACAGCAGUCACAUCCCAGCACAUAGAAAUCCACGAAGGCACCGUGCUGCAAGCCGUCCGCACCUGUUACAACAUCUACCUGGCGAGCAAGAACCUCAUCAACCAGACCACGGCAAAGGCCACGCUCACGCAGAUGCUCAACGUCAUCUUCGCACGCAUGGAGAACCAAGCACUUACAAAUCACAAGCUAUCUUGGUCUCUGGCCUCCAGAAAGCGUGACCGCCAGCUGCAGGAAGCCAAACAGCUGGAGAGAGAGCAGCACAGACAGCAGUCCCCUGUAGCCCAGCACACCGAGCCAGAGUCGCCCCAGCUCCAGACUCACGUACACCCACCCAGCAAGGCCUCCACCCAGGAGGCCAACGGCCCCGUCAGCCCUGCGACCCCCAGCAUCGCCACCCCCUCCACGCCGUCCACCCCUUCCACGCCGGCCCCGGAGUCCAGCAGCAGCAGGUCUGCGUCUGGGGAGCGGGAGGAGCAGGGGGAGCAGCCUGCCCCCGACGAGAACCCGGAUCCUGAAAAUGGUUCUGAGUUUUGCGUGGCUGAGAAUGAGCAGACGGAGGCAGACCAAGCCACCGCAGCAGUACAAAAUGCAGCAUCCAAACAACAUAAAGGAGCAGGUGAAGAAGAAGAUGAGGAAGCGCCUAACUACGAGGAGAAAGCCCAGGAAAUUGUCCAGAGUAUUCUGCAGGAAGUGGUCAACACUGUGGCUGGAGGCCACUGCCUGGACCCAGCGAACCUCUGCUCCGACACCAAGGAGUCAACCGGCGAGGGCGAGCCAGAGGAGUCCCCGCCGGCCGAGGCAGCGACUGAAGGCAGUCCGGAAUCGGGAGCAACAGCUGGCCAGCCGCCAGGUGCUAAGUUCUCCCACAUCCUCCAGAAGGAUGCUUUUCUUGUCUUUCGCUCUCUCUGCAAACUGUCGAUGAAACCACUAUCAGACGGACCGCCUGAUCCAAAGUCUCACGAGCUGCGAUCGAAGGUGUUGUCUCUGCAGCUUCUGCUGUCCAUCCUGCAGAAUGCCGGGCCCAUUUUCAAGACCAAUGAGAUGUUCAUAAACGCCAUCAAGCAGUAUUUGUGCGUGGCGCUGUCCAAGAACGGCGUCUCCUCUGUGCCUGAAGUCUUUGAGCUCUCUCUCUCCAUUUUUCUUACCCUGCUCUCCCACUUUAAGACCCACCUCAAGAUGCAAAUCGAGGUGUUCUUCAAAGAGAUUUUUCUGUACAUACUUGAGACGUCCACAAGCUCUUAUGACCACAAGUGGAUGGUCAUCCAAACACUCACCAGAAUAUGUGCAGAUGCCCAAAGUGUGGUGGACAUCUAUGUGAACUACGACUGUGACUUGAAUGCUGCUAAUAUAUUUGAGCGCUUGGUCAACGACCUCUCAAAAAUAGCCCAGGGCCGCGGAGGCCACGAGCUCGGCACAACACCCCAACAGGAGCUGACUCUGAGAAAGAAAGGCCUUGAAUGUCUAGUGUCCAUCCUAAAAUGUAUGGUAGAAUGGAGCAAAGACCAGUACGUCAACCCCAAUUCCCAGACCAGCCUAGGUCAGGAGAAACCUUCAGAGCAGGACAGCUCAGAGACCAAGGCCACUGAGAGCAUAAACCGCUACGGCAGCAUCAACUCCCUGGACUCCACGGCCUCGUCUGGCAUCGGUAGCUACAGCACACAAAUGUCCGGCACCGACAACCCGGAACAGUUUGAAGUUCUCAAGCAGCAGAAGGAGAUCAUCGAACAGGGGAUUGACCUGUUCAACAAGAAACCAAAGAGAGGAAUCCAGUACCUUCAAGAGCAAGGCAUGCUGGGUACAACCCCAGAGGAUCUUGCACAGUUCUUGCACCAGGAGGAGAGGCUUGACUCGACUCAGGUGGGUGAAUUCCUCGGCGAUAACGACCGUUUCAAUAAAGAGGUCAUGUACGCCUACGUGGAUCAAAUGGACUUCCAGGGCAAAGACUUUGUUUCCGCUCUAAGGAUAUUCCUGGAGGGCUUCCGGCUCCCCGGCGAGGCCCAGAAGAUCGACCGGCUCAUGGAGAAAUUUGCAGCAAGAUACCUGGAAUGCAACCAGGGACAAACUCUCUUUGCCAGUGCAGACACAGCAUAUGUUCUCGCCUACUCAAUCAUCAUGCUGACAACAGACCUCCACAGCCCACAGGUGAAGAAUAAAAUGACAAAAGAGCAGUACAUCAAGAUGAACCGCGGCAUCAAUGACAGUAAAGACCUGCCUGAGGAGUAUCUCUCAGCCAUAUACGAUGAGAUCGCAGGCAAGAAGAUUGCCAUGAAGGAAACGAAAGAGCUCACCAUGAAGUCCAACAAGCAAAGUGUGGCCAGCGAGAAGCAGAGACGUCUGCUCUACAACGUGGAAAUGGAGCAGAUGGCCAAGACGGCCAAAGCUCUGAUGGAGGCCGUCAGCCACGUCCAGGCCCCCUUCACCAGCGCCACGCAUCUGGAGCACGUCAGGCCCAUGUUCAAGCUGGCGUGGACGCCCUUCCUGGCUGCCUUCAGCGUCGGCCUGCAGGACUGUGACGACACUGAAGUGGCCUCGCUGUGUCUCGAAGGAAUACGCUGCGCCAUCAGGAUAGCGUGCAUCUUUUCCAUACAGCUGGAGAGGGAUGCUUACGUUCAGGCUCUGGCCAGGUUCACCCUGCUGACGGCCAGCUCCGGCAUCGCAGAAAUGAAGCAGAAGAACAUCGACACCAUCAAGACCCUGAUCACUGUGGCACACACGGAUGGCAACUACCUGGGCAACUCCUGGCAUGAGAUCAUGAAGUGCAUCAGUCAGCUGGAGCUGGCUCAGCUGAUUGGUACGGGGGUGAAGGCGCGCUACAUCUCAGGGACGGUGCGGGGGAAAGAUGGCUUCAUCACCAGCACCAAGGAGCAGAACAACGACGAGUACCUGGGUCUAGUUGGGGGAACAGUAGACCGUAAGCAGAUUGCCAGCAUUCAGGAGUCCAUUGGUGAGACGAGCUCCCAGAGCGUGGUGGUGGCUGUGGACAGGAUCUUCACAGGCUCCACCAGAUUAGACGGUAACGCAAUAGUGGAUUUUGUGCGAUGGCUGUGUGCUGUGUCCAUGGAUGAGCUGGCCUCGCCCACACAUCCACGCAUGUUCAGCCUGCAAAAGAUCGUGGAGAUCUCCUACUACAACAUGGGCCGCAUCAGGCUGCAGUGGUCCAGGAUCUGGGAGGUGAUCGGAGACCACUUCAAUAAGGUUGGCUGUAAUCCCAACGAAGAUGUAGCGAUUUUUGCUGUCGACUCUCUCAGGCAGCUGUCCAUGAAGUUCCUGGAGAAAGGGGAGCUGGCUAACUUCCGCUUCCAGAAGGACUUUCUGAGGCCGUUCGAGCACAUCAUGAAGAAGAACAGGUCUCCCACCAUCAGAGACAUGGUGGUGCGCUGCAUAGCUCAGAUGGUGAACUCCCAGGCUGCCAACAUCCGUUCAGGCUGGAAGAACAUCUUCUCAGUGUUUCACCUGGCGGCGUCCGACCAGGACGAGAGCAUCGUGGAGCUGGCCUUCCAGACCACCGGCCACAUCGUCACGAAUGUAUUCGAGAAGCACUUUGCAGCCACCAUUGACUCCUUCCAGGACGCCGUCAAGUGUCUCUCGGAGUUCGCCUGCAACGCCUCUUUCCCAGACACCAGCAUGGAAGCGAUCCGCCUCAUCCGCCACUGCGCCAAAUACGUCUCGGAGAGACCCCAGGCCUUCAAAGACUACACCAGUGACGACAUGAAUGUAGCCCCCGAGGACCGGGUGUGGGUGCGAGGGUGGUUCCCCAUCCUGUUUGAGCUCUCCUGCAUCAUCAACAGGUGCAAACUGGAUGUCAGGACCAGGGGCCUCACGGUGAUGUUUGAAGUGAUGAAGACCUAUGGGCAUACCUUCGAGAAACACUGGUGGCAGGACCUGUUCAGAAUCGUCUUCAGGAUCUUUGACAACAUGAAGCUGCCGGAGCAGCAGACCGAGAAAGCAGAGUGGAUGACCACUACAUGCAACCAUGCACUUUAUGCCAUCUGUGACGUUUUCACCCAAUACUUUGAGUCCCUCAAUGGACUCCUGUUGGAUGACAUCCUGGCUCAGCUCUACUGGUGUGUGCAGCAAGAUAAUGAGCAGCUGGCCCGUUCAGGCACCAACUGCCUAGAGAACGUGGUCAUCCUCAACGGGGAGAAGUUCUCCGCCGAGACCUGGGACAAGACGUGUAACUGCAUGCUGGACAUCUUCAAGACCACCAUCCCCCACGCGUUGUUGACGUGGCGACCAGCAGGAGCAGAAGGAGAGCACUUUGCAACACACAGCCUGACUGACAAACAGCUGGACUCCAUAUCCCAGAAGUCUGUGGACAUUCAGUCCCGCUCUGACGACCAGCACUCCAUCAGCAGCGGCGACAGGGCCGCGAUGGAGAGCCGCCGCCAGAGUCAGCACAGCUCGGCGUCGGGCGUCUUCGAGGAUGGCUCGAGAAGCAGGACCUCGACAAAGAUCCAGGAGCAGCGCUUGUUCUCCGCCCUGCUCAUAAAGUGCGUCGUGCAGCUGGAGCUGAUCCAGACCAUCGAUAACAUCGUGUUUUUCCCCGCCACCAGUAAGAAGGAGGACGCAGAAAACUUUGCAGCUGCUCAGCGGGAUGCUGGGUGCGCUGCGGACGUCCAAGUGGAGACGCAGGACCAGGGGAUGUUCCGCUAUCUGACCUCGGAGCAGCUCUUCAAGCUGCUGGACUGCCUGCUGGAGUCGCAUCGCUUCGCCAAGGCUUUCAACUCCAACAACGAGCAGAGAACGCUGCUGUGGAAAGCAGGUUUCAAAGGCAAGUCGAAGCCCAACCUGUUGAAGCAGGAGACCAGCAGCCUGGCGUGUGGGCUGCGCAUCCUGUUCCGCAUGUACACGGACGAGAGCCGACAGGGCGCCUGGGAGGAGGUCCAGAGGCGGCUGCUCAACGUUUGCAGCGAGGCGGUGGCGUACUUCCUGGCUCUGACCUCAGAAAGCCACAGAGAGGCCUGGACCAACCUGCUGCUGCUCUUCCUCACCAAGGUGCUGAAGAUCAGCGACGAAAGGUUCAAGGCUCAUGCAUCCAGAUACUACCCCCUCCUGUGUGAGAUCAUGCAGUUUGACCUGAUCCCUGAACUGCGGGCCGUUCUCAGGAAGUUCUACCUGCGCAUCGGCCUCGUCUUCAACAUUGCACAGCUGCCUGAGCCAGAGCCGGACCCCGAGCCGAGGCGUGCAGAGCCAGAAACGGACAUGGAGGUGGGGGAGGAAGCUGGGGAAGAGGCCCAGUGAUGCUGCACCCCUCCUCCACCCCUCCGCCUACACAAACCAACCCACCGCAGAAAUGUGCGGUUGUGCUGCGCCUCCUCAGGGCCCCCCACCCACCCACUUCACCUCCUCUCCUUCUCUUCCUCCUGUUGUAUGACAAACACUUUAACCUGAUUGGUUGGAGGUUGAAAGCCCCACCCAACACUCUGAACCCUCACAGACUGAGUCGUCAUCUUCAUCGUAAAAACAAUAAUGUCUUGCACCGGGUGUAGCGACGCCUCCACUGGAUAAAACUACUGAUCAGCAACUGACAUGUACCCAUAUCUCUGAUCUACAUCCCAACACGUGUGCUUCUUACUGUACGUUUUAAAAAAAAAAAAAAAAGGAAGAAGAAUGAAUGAUUUCAGUUCCAUGCAAAUACUCCGCAACUUUGAAAUUUAUCUCACACACAUGGCUGACGAUCUCUCUGCACUGCGGACGGCUAACUUUAGCGUUGGUUAGUCUCUUGGAUGAAACUAGUUGUACAGAUCUGCCGCUGUGUAAAAUAAUCUUAUAAUAACAAUAAUAAUAACACUAGAUUUUGUUUAUUUUUCUCCUGGAUUUUUUGCUGCACUUGAUCUUGUUUUUGUUCUGGUUUUUUUUUUUUUUUUAUGCACUGGAGAUCUUACUUUUAUGUUAAUUUAUUUGACUGCACCUCCUCCUCCUCCUCCUGAUUGUCCAACACGGUAUGAUUUGUAAUUAAACAAGACUGCGGAAAGUGAAGAGUUAAAUUAUUUCCAUUUUAUAUGUUAAGUUUUUAACAAAAGAUGAGACGACAACUGGGCUUCUGGAGCUGGAAGACAAGAAAGCAAACUGAUGCUAGCUGCUUUAUGAAGUCUCUAUUCUAAUUUCUGUUUUCAUGUGAGUUUAGUUAUCGCUCUACUGUACAAAAAUCAGAAAACUUGAUAAUAUUUUUUUUUUCUUGUUCGUUUUUUGGUUUGGGGAAGAAUAUAUGUAUAGAGAAAAUUACAAAUGUUAGCCGUGCUUUAAGUGUAAAUUGGAUGCAUUCCUGCUCAUGGAUGUAGAAAACUAAAUGUAUAUGAUACAGCAAUGUAAAGUUUUCUAUGUCGCAAAAGAUUAUGUACAACUUUCUGUACGAUACAUCAUCUGGCAUUCUAAUCAGGUUCUAGGUCAAUAAAGUUUUUGAACUUGGUUGAUUUGAA